AUGAACGCCCAAAGUGUUCGGCUGAUGGCGUACUGCAAGGACAAGGCGCCACUGGAGGAGAACAGGCAGCAGGUGCUGCUGGAGCUCACUGACACAUCCUCCACUGCCGAACUCUCGGGGCUGGACCUCGUGGCUGUCCUGGACGCCAGCGGAAGCAUGGGCUGGGACGGGAACUGGAAGCUCGACAAGCUGAAGACGACAAUGAAGUUCGUCAUCAGCAAGCUCGGCGCCAUGGACCGCCUCUCCCUUGUCUCCUUCUCCACCUGGGCCGACAAGCUGUGCCGGCUGCGCUCCAUGACAGAGCCCUCCAAGGCAGAGCUGACGGACAUGGUCGAAAAUCGUCUAGAGGCCAACGGCUCCUCCAAGGCACACGGAGGGAGGACGGGGCGCGGAGAGGAGGAGUCGGGUGUGGAGAGGAGUCAGGGCUGA